CUAAAAAAAAAAUAUUUAAUAUAAAUUCGAGAAAUAUUCACAGAAUACCAGAAUCUUCCAAAGUGCUUGAUGUAGGAACUAAAAUCAACAAUUUGUUAAUACUAAAGGAUAUCCUUGAUAAUUCUGCAUCGAUACAGAAGGUGUUUGAUUCUAAAGCUAAGUCAUCACAAGAAUUUUUAAAAAAAUUUAGAACAAAUCAACAAAGUGAUAAAAAUACCCAGUUGUCACGCUUAAUAGAAGAAAGAUUAGUGUACAUUCGUGAAGUAUCUAAACAUAAACCCGGUUUCCAUUACUUUGAUUGUAGAUUAGACGAAUGUAUGGAAAUGAAAAAUUUGCAUGAUUAUUUUAAGAAUUUCAACGGCAUGAAAGGCAAAAUAGCAGAAGCCAAUAAGAAUUGGGAAUUGCAUUGCGAACACGUCGAUUAUAUAUAUAGCUUGUACGAAAUGUAUAUAGAAGGUUGUUGCACUUGUUAUUUUGCUUCAGAUAAGUGUGGUGAAAAUCGUUCACAUUAUUUUAAAUGCGAGGAAAAGUAUGACCAAUACAACUUUUGUUCAGCAUUAAAAUGCAACGAAAUUCUACCUGGGAAAAAAAAUCACAAAAAAAGUAGGUAA